AUGAUGGUCUACGAGGAUGACCAGGAGAUUCACCUAGUCAUGGAGUAUAUGGCUGGUGGCGAGCUCUACGACCGGCUCUUCGAUGCCAAAGUGUACAACGAGGAGAUCGCUGCCAACACCUGCCAUCAGAUGUUGAAAGCGGUCUCUUACAUGCAUGCGCAUCAGAUCGCGCACCGGGACCUGAAGCUUGAAAAUUUCCUCUACGAACGGAAGGACAACAACCAUCUCAAACUCAUCGACUUUGGAUUUGCCAAGUUCUGGGAUCGAAGUACGAAAAUGUCGCAGGCUUGUGGAUCCACCCACUAUGUGGCACCGGAGGUGUUGGCCAAGUCCUACACCUUGAAAGCAGACAUGUGGUCGCUUGGAGUCAUCAGCUUCAUGCUCCUUACAGGGAGUCCUCCUUUUCAAGGGAGUAACGACAAUGAAGUCCUGCGCAAGAUCAAGAGAGGGCCUCAGCCGUCCGAAGCGGCGAAGCGUCGCUUUGCGGAAACAAGCCUGGAUGGCGAUUUUGAGUCGAACAGCAGUCGCGCAUGCAGGGCCGGCAAGAUCCACUGGUCUACGCGCUUCAAGCGUCUCUCAGAGGGUGCCCAAGAUUUCGUCAAGGCCUGGGGCGUCAAGUCAGCGCUGCUGCUGAUGAACCCCGAGGAGCGUUUGGAUGCUGCAGGUGCACUGAGCCAUCCCUGGAUCACCGGGAAGGGGGGAUUGCGUGGCAGCAAUACCGUUCUCGACGAUGGGAUCAAGCUGAGUCUACGAAAAUUUGCGAGGGCAUCAACGUUCCGGCGUGCUGUGCUGUCAAUGAUGGCUUGGUCUUUGUCUGCAGAGGAUCGUGCACAACUGCGCAAUGAGUUCUUGUCCUUCGACACGCAGAACACCGGAACCAUCACCCACCUGCAGAUGAAAGAAAUCUUGGAAACGAACUAUCACAUCGACAGCAUGGAGGCGGAGGUGGCACUUCCUGAUUCAGAAGUGUCUUUUCACUGGGACCAACGUCUGAGCGUAGCAAUGUCUCAGGCAGUCUUCAGCAUGAUGGAUACCGACCACGACGAUGUCAUCGCCUACAGCGAGUUCCUUGCUGCGGCCCUGCAGGGACGGCUCAAGGUUCACGAGGACAUCUUGCGACGGACGUUCCGAAAGUUUGACAUUGACAAUUGCGGGCGCAUCACUGCGGAGGACCUGAGAACCAUUCUGGGCGAGCAGUUCGAGGGGACCGAUGCAGAGGAUUUGAUCCGCGAGGCCGACACAAACGGCGACGGCAUGAUCGAGUAUGACGAGUUCCUGCAAUACUUCCACAAUCACGAGCCGCAUGUGGAGGGUGCAGAGGUCCAGGAAGAUGCUGGAGCUGGAGCCUGGACACGGAAGACUCGAUCUCUUUGCCGCCAACACACGGAAAAGUUGGCCAAAGUCAUCGAUCGGCUGCUGUCGCAGGACGGCCUUGUCAGGUGGACAAGUAGGACUUGUCACUUGUCUAGAUGUCCAUGUUUGCCUGGGGUCACUCCCGUUGCCAGCAGUGGCGUUGCAGCUCCCGCAAAGCAAGAAAGCCUCAAUCGUUUCUCGGAAGGAGUCGUCGGUCAUGGACGUGCUAAGUCCUGUGACAAGCCGGUACCCCGGAAAGAGAGCGAAGAAGAGCCUGUUUCCGAGGCUCUCGUGUAG